UUUUUUUUUUUUUAAUUAUUAAAUGACUAAUCAAUUGACUAAAUAAUCAGUAAUUUAUUUUUAAUUAAUUAAUUAAUAUUAUUAUUUUUUUUUGUGGUGAUUAACUGAUCCGAUUUUGAUUGCAUGAAGAAAAUACCGGUGUUGUUGUUGAAGACAGACAUCUUGUCCGCCGACUUGUGUACCAAUCAGUUGCCGCCGCCGAUGACUACUACUACUGGCCGCCAGUCAUCGGAAGCCACAAAUCAAUUGACGCUUGAAUUGCACGACCAGUUUAUGAACAAAGACAUGGAUGACGACAACAAAUGUCAUAUCAAAAAAUCUUCGUCCACUUCUCCAUCUAUCACCUCAUCACCAUCGAUGAUGACAUCAACACCUGUUAUCAUCUAUCACGACGACAAUAACAAUAACCAUUGGAGUGAUGCCACCGCCGAUGAUGAGUGGUCACAGUCAUCACCAACGAUGAUGAACACAUGUGUCAAAGAUUUGUCAUCGAUGACGGCUAUCCGUAUGGAUAGUGUCCACGAAGUCGACGAAUCGUUUGGCGACAACUCUGCCGACGAUAAUGACUUCGAAGAGUUUGUCAAUUCAGUAGAUUUUAAUACACUGAUAAUGUCACAAACAACGACCACCAUUAACAGUGACUACUGUGGAUCAAGUGAUGACAAUUCAAGUGAUAGCAAUACAAACGAUGGCAAUACUAGUGAUGAUAAUGCAUAUGAUGUACUAUUGAUCAGAGAUGAUACAGACUUUGAUGACAUGAUCGAUGAAGAAGUAGAAGAAAGCAGCUAUGGUUUUGUUGGCAAUACUAGUAGUGCUGCUAUUGAUAGCAAUAAUGUUAUUGAAUAUGAUUUCAACAAAACAGCGGAACAAAACCCUAACGAAAAGACUGGUAAUAAUAUCGACACUGAAAGCGAUGCAAAGUUUGUCGGUGUGUUUCGCAAUGAUGGCAACGAUCCGUAUCUUAAGUCGACUAACUUUGCCCACUCGUCGUUAAUAGACAAUGAAUUGAGAAACUUCUUCGGUGUUCAUGGCUACCGAACCAAUCAACGGGAGGCCAUCAACGCAGCACUACUCGGAAUGGAUUGUCUGAUUUUGAUGCCGACCGGUGCCGGCAAAAGUCUAUGCUAUCAGUUGCCGGCUUUGAUCAGUCCAGGCGUUACAAUUAUUGUGUCGCCAUUGAAGUCGUUAAUCAUGGAUCAGGUAAAUAAAAUCAACGACAAAAAACCGGGUUUAGCUAAAGCAAUGUCAACCGAUAUCGAUCCCGAAGAAAUACGACUCACUUGUAAUGAUCUCAUGAGUAAAGAACCGAUAGUCAAACUGCUUUUCGUAACGCCCGAGAAGUUGGCGAAAAACUAUGAGCUGAUGGCCAUUGUUAGAGAUCUGGCGUCGCGUCAACUAAUCGCCCGAUUUGUCAUCGACGAGGCCCACUGUGUCAGCCAAUGGGGACACGAUUUUAGACCCGAUUAUAAAAAACUACAAAUAUUUCGUCAACAGUUCCCGUCGGUACCGAUAAUGGCCUUAACAGCGACGGCCACACAGAAAGUGCGACUCGAUAUUGUCGCACAAUUAGGUAUUGACAACUCGUCGACCAAAUGGUUUAUGCAGUCAUUCAAUCGACCGAAUCUUAAGUUCGAGGUCCGUAUGAAAGGGUUUAACUCUUACAACGAUAUUCUACGUAUGCUUCGGACUAACUUCGCCCGACAAAGUGGUAUCAUAUACUGUUUGGCCCGUAAAGAGUGCGACCAAUUGGCCAAACGUCUGGCUAGGGAUGGCAUCAAAGCAGUCGCCUAUCACGCGGGUCUCAAAGAUCCCGAACGCAAACGUAUACAAAACGAUUGGCUGAUAAAUAACUAUUAUGUCAUCUGUGCUACCAUUGCGUUCGGUAUGGGUAUCGAUAAACCAGACGUCCGUUUUAUUAUACAUAAUACGAUAUCAAAAUCAAUUGAACACUACUAUCAAGAAGUUGGCCGAGCCGGCAGAGAUGGCAAGUUAUCCAAUUGUAUUAUGUAUUACAACUUUGACGAUGUUGAACGCUGGAAACAAUUGAUUGGAUCCGAUCGGAAAAAGUCCAUCGAAGUAUUGAGAGUAUUGAUGGAAUACGUGGAUCUGGUUAAACAUUAUUGUCUUAAUCAGGCCGAGUGUCGAAGGGUUCAAUUGUUACGCUAUUUUGGCGAACAAUUUUCACCAGAAGAUUGUGGCAAAACUAUCGGUGAUUCAAUCUGUGAUAACUGUUUGUCUGUCGAUAAAUACACUGAUCGGGACAUUACCGACCAAGUGGUAGCCAUAUUGCGAUCGUUGCAAACGUUAGUCGGGCUGUUUGGUCAACAGCGCAAAGUGGAUAUCGAAUUAAAAAAAUUGAUACUCAUAUUCGGCGGCUCAGCCGACAAAGUGCCGGCAAAAUACUGGUCACUGCCGAUGUUUUCAAUAGGCCAACAGUUUAGUAAAACGGACAGCGAACGGCUGUUUGCCAAUUUGGUUAGCCGAAAGUUUAUCGGCGAAGACACUGUUAUUUUGUCGCCGAAAUCGAUAUUUGUUGCGCACAGUUAUCUUCGAUUGGGCGAAAAAGCCGACGAACUGUUGACCGGUGGCCAGCGAUUCAUGUUUUUGGUCUACAAUGCCGGCAACAAUGAUAGUCCGUUCGAUGGUAACCAAUGGUGGCAUAAAACUAGAAAACGGAUGAACCCCUGGAAUACAAUUCCUCAACAAUUUAUGAAAAAGUUUUUUAUGUCCUCUGAAUGUGAUUGCAAUGGAAAUACUUUUAGCGAAACAGUUAAUAAU